AGCAGUUGUCCGCGUGCGCAGGCGGAAGUCCCGGAUUGAGGCGCCGCCAUUUUUACUGCUCGGACGCGGAGCGAGAAGCUGAGAGUCGGAGACGCUAUCCGCUUCCAUCCGUCGCGCAGACCCUGCCUGAGCCGCUGCCGCUAUGGAUGAUCGGGAGGAUCUGGUGUACCAGGCGAAGCUGGCAGAGCAGGCCGAGCGAUACGACGAAAUGGUGGAAUCAAUGAAGAAAGUAGCAGGAAUGGAUGUGGAGCUGACAGUUGAAGAACGAAACCUUUUAUCUGUUGCAUAUAAAAAUGUGAUUGGAGCCAGAAGAGCAUCCUGGAGAAUAAUCAGCAGCAUUGAACAGAAGGAAGAAAACAAGGGAGGAGAGGACAAACUAAAGAUGAUUCGGGAGUACCGGCAAAUGGUUGAAACUGAGCUCAAAUUAAUCUGUUGUGACAUUCUGGAUGUACUGGACAAACACCUCAUUCCAGCAGCUAACACUGGCGAGUCCAAGGUUUUCUAUUAUAAAAUGAAAGGGGACUACCACAGGUAUCUGGCUGAGUUUGCCACAGGAAAUGACAGGAAGGAGGCCGCAGAAAACAGCCUCGUGGCUUACAAAGCUGCUAGUGACAUUGCCAUGACAGAACUUCCUCCAACGCACCCCAUUCGUUUAGGUCUUGCUCUCAACUUUUCCGUAUUCUACUAUGAAAUUCUUAAUUCCCCUGACCGUGCCUGCAGGUUGGCAAAAGCAGCUUUUGAUGACGCUAUUGCAGAACUGGACACGCUGAGUGAAGAAAGCUAUAAGGACUCUACGCUUAUCAUGCAGCUGCUACGUGAUAACCUGACGCUUUGGACCUCAGACAUGCAGGGCGAUGGUGAAGAGCAGAACAAAGAAGCGCUGCAGGAUGUGGAAGAUGAAAAUCAGUGAGACGUACUAAAGCCAACAAGAGAACACAUCUCUGAUCACCCUCCCUCCCCACCCUCUCCUUGGAAAGUUCCCCAUUGUCACUGAGAACCACCAAAUUUGACUUUCACAUUUGGUCUCAGAAUUUAGGUUCCUGCCCUGUUGUUUUUCUUUCUUCCUCUUUUUUUUCUCCCCUCCCCUUUUUUUUAAACAAACAAACAGUUUUCAGAAGUUCUUAAAGGCAAGAGUGAAUUUCUGUGGAUUUUACUGGUCCCAGCUUUUAGGUUCUUUACGACACUAACAGGACUGCAUAGAGGCUUUUUCAGCAUUACUGUAUUGUCUCCAGCCACACGGGCAAGAUCAUCAAUAGAAAUGGAAAUGACAUUUGAAAGCCAUUAGACUUCUAGGUGAUGCAUCUAAGAAAGAUUAAUCACAUGAUAGAGGCGCAUAUGUGCUGUCAUUUUUCCUUUUUUAAUUGUUUAAAUUGAAUUUUAUACCAAUGUUUAAACUUAAUUGGAUAUUAGCUUGAGAUGUUUUGGGGGAGUUUGUUAUAAUGGUUUUGCUGUCAAAUGUGUUUGGAACUCUGCUGAAGUGUUGCUGAAAGGCAUGGUGCUGGUAACAGUUCAACAAUCCGUGGCUGCUCAUUCUUGCCGACUCCCCCCCUCUGAAGCAGGUUAGCAUUGAAGGUGGUAUGGAAGCCUGCAUGCGUGUUCAACUCUCUUCCUUUUCCCUCGCUCCUUAGCCUCCUUCCCUCUUCCUCCUCUUCCGCUCGCUCAACCUCUUUUGUUCAGUAUGUGUAACUUGAAGCUAAUUUGUACUACUGGAUGUCUGACUGGAGCCACAGAUGCAGCAUCUGUAUUGUUCUUACUGAAACACAGCAUGGAAUUAACAUUAAACUUAAAUAAAACAAACCUAAAUUAAAAAUGCCAAAUAUAUUACGCCUCCAUCCUUUAUACUUCUAAAAUAAAAUCUCUAGU